AUGUCUACCUCACGUGUUGCCGGCUCCAGUGAUUUUUCAGCCUCGAGUGUCUCUUCUUUAUCGCUGACGCUGGGGUUUGAGAAUUUAACGAUACAGCGGGACAAGCGUGUUGUAAUCAACAGUGCCUCCGGGAUCAUAUACGGCGGUCGGCUGACGGCGAUUGUAAACUGCAGUGGCACGCAGAGUGACUCCUUCCUACUUGGCGCACUCACAGGGCGUGAGGAGUGUGCCAGCGGAACGAUCAUGAUGAACGGCAUUCCAUUGGAUGCUCCCGCGUACCUUCACCGCACGGUGCUUAUCGACGAGGGCUUCACUGCAUUGGAGGAGCUAACCGUGCGUGAAAGCAUUGAGUACGCCGCGUCCAUGCGGAUCGCCACGAGUGCCUUUACUGUGCAGGAAAUUCUUGAAGAGUUAAUGCUUGAAAGUGUUGCGGAUGCUGUGGUGCAGAGAUGCUCCCCGUACGUGCGUCGUCGUGUUUCAUUGGGUAGAGAGUUGCUGCUGAAUCCGCUGGUGCUUUGCUUUGACCAACUGUUGGAGGGCCUACGAACUCACGAAGCGCAGGAGUUUAUGCGUCUCCUCCGACGAAUUGCAGCUCCCAUGGCGGUUUCUUUGGAUUUAAACACUUCGCGAUCCCCAUUUUUGCCGCCUCCUCGUCCUUCGUCUUCACCCGCUUCCGUUGUAUCUUCCCAAGUCCUGCCCAACAACGCAGGAACUGCCGUUCCGAUGACUGACGGAGCCACCUUGGCGCCUCACAGUUUGGCAACAAAUUCUCAGCGAGAGAGGAUGCGCAUUGUGUUGGUCUCCAUGUCUCAGCCACGUUGGGCGAUUUUGAAGUUUGUGGAUGACGUGAUUCUUCUCGAGCGUGAAACCUGUGUGUUUUGUGGGACAAUAACGGAGCUGUUUUCUGCCAUCCGGGUGGACCCGACAGCCGGUCUUGCGGAGAAUGCGAUUAACUCCUUAUACCGGCUUGCGUCCAGCUCGGAAAAGUCGCUCGUAGACAUCUUCGCACCUUCAGGCAAUGCGGAACGUGUGCAUCAGAGCGUCGUGCAAUUUUUUCACAAUUGUGCCGUGGGGCGAGAGAUGCUUGAAGGACCACCGUACUCC